GCGCCAGGCCGCGCACCGCUCUGUGCAUGGCGCAUGGGCGACCUGAGUGACGCGGCGCUGGGCCGGCUCGUCCUGACCGCAGUCGGGGCGGUGUUCCUGCUGUUCCUGCUCUGGGUCAACAGCUACUCCUUCAUUGACGAAGAACUCGUCAUCCACGCUUGGCUGCCAGAUCCACAGUGGGCGCUUUUGUGUUGCGCUGUCUGGGGGCUCUUUUUCGUCGGCGGUCUCAUGGCAUACACUCUCUACCACUUGCGACCCUACCUCUAAUCGCCACACACUUCAAAUUCACACAAAUAUGUACUAAAUUCAAAUACAUAACCAUGGAGCUCGUAAAUAGAGACCAAUGGAUCGUGAUCGGGAUUUCGGGCGUGACCUGCGGUGGGAAAACUACGCUCGCGAGCAAUCUCGCUCACGCUUUAACGCCAGCAUAUCUGUUCAAUCAGGACCAUUAUUUCUAUCCGGAUGACAGUCCGCACCACGUGCACGUGGAGGGCAUGGAGCACAACAACUACGACAUUCUGUCGUCGCUGGACAUGGGGAGCAUGCACGCGGACGUGCUGGCCACGAUGCGCGGCGAGGACAGAGCGCAGUACAGCUCGACCGAGCGCCAAGACCGACUCGCCAAGGAGGGCAAGCAGUUCCUGAUCAUUGAGGGGUUCACUGUGCUCAAUUAUAAGCCGCUACUGGACCUGUGCGACCUCAAAUACUAUUUCGUGUUGGAGUACGGCGAAUGUUUCGCGCGGCGCGCGCUGCGUCUUUACGACCCGCCCGACAUCCCGGGGUACUUCGAGCGCUGCGUGUGGCCCGAGCACCUCAAGUACCGCGCCGAGAUCGAGCGCAACUCGUCAGUGCAUGUAUUGGACGGCAGAGCCCCGGAUCCGAUGGCCGUAGUGAUGGAAGAACUGAAAACGAAGUUCGGCGUUUCCAAAUCCUAACACGACAUCCUAACCAAGUUGUUUCGAGAAAUGUGAGCAUUUGUACAUUUAAGAUUGUAGAAACUUGUAGAUUGAGCGUUGGACUGUUAAACAGUGCUAAACUCGAAACUAAAGACGUUCGCUUCGCUCGCUGUCGUGGAUGCAAUUGUGGGUAAAAUCCGCAGGACACGUGCACCAGUUAAGGACGAUUUCCACCGAACUGGUGGAGUCUAAGUGCAUUUCACAUUUUGGUGGCCGCAAGCCGACUCGAUCUCGACUCCUCGCUGAUGCGUUCGAUGCGGGAUUUCAUCGUGUCUGCCAUACAUAAUGUAUAGGCACGUUUAAAAUACCGCUCUGCCGGUCGGUGGAAAUCGUACAUUAGCAUUGCUAGUAACAUUGUUCGCUAACACGUUUGCCCGUUCCGUGCACGCGCGUGAAUUGGCGGACACCCUAAAACCAAUAUAUUUGAUUGUAUAAAAAAAAAUCGUGAUAAAUUAUGUCAGAGCCAGUUUAAACUGCCGCAGGGAUCAAUGUUGGGUAUUUAUGUCUUUGUUUAAUCAUGUUGUUUACUGCUCUGCAGUUUUUGACAAUUUUACAUAUAAGGAUAUUUUCUAAGCAUCAUUAAUAGUGAUUUUUCGUAUAUUUGGUGGUACUUAUUACUCCAACUCCUGAGUAACAGAAAAAAGGUAAAAUAGUAGAGAAGCGGAAAUAAUACUCGGUUUUCGGAACAACGCACUCCGUCACUAUAUUACACAAACUUUAUCUGAGUGCCUUUGAUAUAUUCCGUACAUAAUUUUACUAUAAAUAGUGUUUUAGAGCCAAUUUAGAUAUUAAUUUUUUUUUAUUCCGUAUUGUUUAUGGAUGGUAGAGAUUGUAUGCUAUGUUGUAUAAUAUGCUGAUGUAUUAUGUAUGGUACACGUUUUUGGGGACUUAGAUUUUUAAGCGUUAUCGAAAUGUUAGUAUAAUAUUGCCCUACAAUGAACUAAAGUAUUUUUU